ACCAAGAAACCCACACGCGCUCUCUGACGCAACUGCCCAUUUUUGGAAACAUGCGUCAAUGGACCAAAGCAAGUGAGAAAAAUACUGAAGUUCACAGUGAGCGCUGACGUCCGUGGCUCAAACACUUCUCUCAAAUGGUCUUGCAGCCACUUUCGCGUCUCCCCGUUCUCCUGAUAAGUCUCUAAUGUCCGCUCGUACAAUGCUGCUCAUAACGGAGCAUAGCUUUUUCUGAGCCUGAGCCGCUCUGAACCCCUCCCUGGCCGCGCGUCGCAACGCCCAGGCGUGACGUCAGUCGUGUCGUUGGUGUUGAAAAGCCGAUGCAUUUUGUUCAUAGUGCCAUUGAAGUGAGUCAUCUCUAGGAAGUGUGGUGAAAAGGAAAAGAAAAAGUUCGUAGUGUUCCGAGCGCUCCGAUCAGGCAGGCAGUUAAACGGAAAAUAGUGAGCACACAAGAGGACAGUAGGUCUUAAAGCGCGCGUUUACCUGCGUGACUCACGGCAAUUGUCUCCACUGGAUCUGCAGCAGAAAGGUGUGCUGUAGACCUAAGGCUGAAGGGCGCACCUGAGAGGACCUUUAGGGUAGAGGAGGAUAGUAAAGCACACUUUACAAGCAGACAAAUACGCACUUGCACUGGCAAUAUCUUUAGCAGUUUGGUGCGUUUAAAGGCGAAGCUUGGCACUUUAUUUCAACUCGUAACUUCUUUGGAUAUCCAAAACACAAUUAACUGAAGUCAGAGGGAUUUUCUUUUGUUUCUGGUGCCUUUAACUGUGAGGAUUUAGGAAAAGGUUUCAGCGCUCAAACUGAAAUCUUGCUCUUUCCUGGAUCAUGUACCAGGACUACCCCGGGAAUUACGACACGUCGUCCCGCGGCAGCAGCACUUCUCCGGCCCAGCCUGAGUCCUUCACGAGCGGCAGCAGUACGAUCGGCAGUCCGAUCUCUACCUCCAACUACCAGAAGUAUAGAGUCGACAUGCCCGGCUCGAACAGUGCCUUUAUCCCCACCAUCAAUGCAAUUACCACCAGCCAGGACCUGCAGUGGAUGGUUCAGCCCACAGUGAUCACCUCCAUGUCCAACCCAUACUCACGCUCGCACCCCUACAGCCACCACCUGACCAACGGCCCGGGACUGCUGGGGCACAACACUCUGGCACGGCCCGGGGUCAUACGAUCUAUUGGUGAUGCACGGAGACGCAAGAGAGAUGAGCAGCUCUCUCCUGAAGAAGAGGAGAAAAGGCGAGUGAGACGUGAGAGGAACAAGCUUGCUGCCGCCAAAUGCCGCAACCGCCGACGAGAACUCACAGAAAUGCUCCAAGGGGAGACUGAAAAACUAGAGGAGGAGAAAGCCGACCUCCAGAAAGAGAUUGAGACACUGCAGAAAGAGAAGGACAAGCUGGAGUUUAUGCUGGUCGCCCAUAACCCCGUGUGCAAACUACCCAUCGACGACCGCCACCAGACCAACGGGCACCACCCCUCACACCACCAGCCCCAACAGCCCCAGCAGUGUACCCCCCUACCCCUCACCAUGCGCCCCUCCAUGCCCCCCAGAGCCUCCAUGAACCAGGUGGUCGUCAAACAAGAACCAGAAGACAGCGAGGACAAACAUCCGCAGCGCUCCGUCAUCAAGCCGAUCUGUCUCGGGGUGGGCGCUGGUCUAUACUGCUCGGAUGGAGACAGCCUGAAUACCCCCGUGGUGGCUGCUUCUACCCCGGCCCAAACCCCAAACAACGCGCCAAGCCUCAUCUUCACCUACCCCAGCAUGAUGGAGCCGGAGAGCCCCUCACCAUCCUCUGAGUCUUGCUCAAAGGCACACCGUCGGAGCUCUAGCAGCGGGGAUCAGUCCUCAGACUCGCUCAACUCUCCCACUCUCUUGGCACUCUAAAAACACUGUGAUCCAACCCUUUAUAUCCAGUGUCUUUUAACAACAAGAGCACAUAAUAAUAAUAAAAGCAUCCGGACCAAGCUGACCGAGCUGUGUUACAACCACCAAGGGCUAAGAUGCGCGAUUCUUUCAACUUUUUACAAUGUGCGUGUAACAGUCCCAUACAGUGUCAAUCUCUUUUUUGCCAUUUCAAACAAGAGUGUCAAAUUGUUUACUGGGCAUAAACAUACACUAUGCCAACAAUAUGGACUGACUACGAAUUUAUAUUUUUGACAAUUUAUGAGAAAAAAAAGCCAUGUGGUCGACACUUGCACUCCGCCAAGACGAAUCAACAACGAGGUCAGACAGAAGAUAUAGACUUUUCUUUUCAAAUCAGGAAUUAAACAUUUCUUGACAUCUUUAAUUGUAUUUAUGGCUUGUGAUAUAUUUUAUGGCGUGUUUUUUUGUUCAGAAAUUGUCCUCUCCUUUAUCUAUAAAAAUGGCCGUCCGCGUGGCGAUGCGUUGCUAAGGAAACAAGCCAACUUUAAAUCACAGACGCCCCUUUUUGUCGCAGUGGCUUGACUUUACAUUAGUAUUGAUGUGACUUCUCUUCGGUGAUUCUGUACAUGUUGAUGUGUCUUUUUACAUUGAUGUCAGGGAUUUUGAUGCUAAAGGAUCGUCGGGCCAGCCAGUUUUGCGGUACGUUGUCAAAAUCAUCAACAUUUUGGACAAAACUUUGAAAGAUUUUGUUUGUUUUACUGUUCCCAACUGCAGAUCAGGUUUUCAAUGCUUUGUAUGACACAUGUAAUCCUGUUGUCCAUCAUCUUGUCUACAAAAGAGGGAUUUUAAACAUUUUAAAACUUUUUGUUCCACAUAUGAAAAAGCCACUGUGGGCUAGACUGUCGCCAGCUGCCAAUGAUGUCAACCCUGUUUAUGCUGUGUUUGUAAAUCUGUCAUUUUGAGUCAAGAAUUAUACCGAUUUUGGGGCGUGUGAAGAUUUGCCAACAUUGAGGUACUUAGUGGACACUUUUAGAUAAGCCAUAUGGGCCAAAUAAGUAUUUUUCCCUCACAUUUACCUAGAUGAGGUGGACACUUUCUGCAGCAGGCCUGAGAUUGAAGUUUUGAAGUUCUGCGAAGCACUUCUUAAAUACUUUCUACUAAUGUUUAAAGGGAAAUGGGGUUUUCAAUGCAGUGCACUGAGGAGGACAAUAUUUGUGACUAUUUUAUAUUGCUUACUUCGUACAUUCCUGUGAUAGUGGGGCCAUCAUCUUUGCUUGUCUUUUGUUGCGCUGGAAGCAGGAAAAGUGACAAAUCAACAACUGCUGCUGUUUGGGAAGACGUCGGCCAUAUUGAGGGGUGAUUUCUGAUGGAUGAAAACCAAAAACAGUGACGUGUGUGGUUGUGUGUGUGCGUGAAUGUACAAGAAGCCUCCAAUAGAGACACAUAGGAAAGCCAUUUACUGUAGAUCUUCUGAUGUACUUGUCAUCUACUGUCUGUCACUUGUUUUCAACUCUUAACUGAUUUCCAAAUGCUUUAACUGUUUAAAAUGAUUGAAAAUGGAUAAAAACAGCAAUAUGUAUAGCAGUGUUUGUUAAUUUAAAUGAAUAAUAAUAAUAAUAAAUCAUUUUCAUCUUGGAA